AUGGCGUGGGUAUUUAGGUGUUUCUUCUUCUUUCCCAACACAGUCGUGGUUCAGCUUCAGGCUCUUCGGGGGGCCCACUGCCAGCGGAGCACCUCCUCGUCCUGGGCCCAAAGGGUGGUUAGGAGGAGCCACCCUAGCUCCCCCAUCGCCCGCCGCUCCGUCCCAGACUGCCGGUUCGCCCGCAACCGCUGGACUGAUGAAGAUCCACAAGGAAAAACCCGCCCAUUCAUCAGCCACAUAAAAUGCAGGGAGUCUCUGAGGCUGGAGCGUAACAAAGACUACUUGAUCUGGGGACUCCGCACCGACUUGUGGCCCAGGAAAGCUGAGCUAUCCUACAUCAUUGGCAAGGACACCUGGAUCGAGAAGUGGCCCAACGAGGACGAAUGCCGGAAGCCGGAUUUCCAGAACCUCUGCCAGGAAUUCCUUGAGUUCUCUGAAGCCAUGACCAUGUUUGGCUGCCCAGUCUAAACUUGGACCCAGU